AUGAGCCCUCCAACACUUGAAGAUAUUCGCAAGCUCGUUCAAGAGCUCACGGACCUUGCACCAGCAUUGCCAGAGUCAGUCCCUCUUGCAAAAAAAACCGACAGAAUCAGCAAGAUUCUUGCCAGCACACAAGGUGAAGACGAGUUCCACACCUUCAAUCGUCGCUACAAUGCGUUGUUCGGAGUGGACUGUCGUAUCGGACCUCGAAUGCGAUAUGUCACCCGCGGGAAGUAUGGGAUGCUGGCUUGGUGCGAGUACAUUCGCUCGAUCAAGCUAGAUGACCCCUCCAUGCAGUCGGCUGUCGUCGAGCUUCGGCUCAAAUCGCUCAUAAAAGAGCUCGAGUUUCUUGUGUAA